AUGCCAGAAAUCGAGAUGCAUGAUUUGCUACAACGUACAGGCCAAGCAAUUGUCAGUGGCGAAAGCAAAGAGCCAGGAAACCGUAGUAGGUUGUGGACUGCUAAGGAAAUUUGCCAUGUAUUGGAAAGAAAUACAGGAACUGCUGCAAUUGAAGGUAUAUCUUUCAAUAUGUCAGAUAUUAGAAAAGUCGUAAAAGUAUGCCCUGCAGCCUUCUCAAAAAUGUAUAAUCUACGAUAUCUUAAAAUUUAUGCCUUUCAUGAAAACAAGAAGUGCAAAUUGUGUCUUCCUCAAGGUCUCGAUUCUUAUCUCUCUGAUACACCGAGUUCUUUCGAGUGGGAAUCAUACACUUUGAAAACUUUGCCAUCAGAUUUCAUUCCAGAGAAUCUUGUUGAACUUAGACUACAAAACAACCAACGUGAGGUGCUUUGGGAUGAAUCCGAGCCUCUCGAGAAGUUAAAAGUGAUCGAUCUAAGUCAUUCUAAGCUUUUGACUCGAACAACAAAUCUAUCUCAGGCCUCAAAUCUUGAAAUUAUAAAUCUUGAAGGUUGUAUACGUUUGGUUCAAGUUCCUUCAUCUUUUAAGAAUCUCCAAAAGCUUCAGCGUCUACAUUUGACAGAUUGCUCCAAUCUUUUUUACGAUGGAAGGUUAUUAGAGCAUGAGAACUGUAGAGCUAUUCAUCGCAACAAUGUUGAUAAGCUGAAGUCUUCUGAAACUCCUAAUGCAAACUUUCCAAUGAAUUUAAGAUAUUUGUUUUUGGAUAGGACAGCAAUUGAAACAGUUCCUUCAUCAUUUGGGGGUCUCUUGGGUCUUGUACAAUUGCAUUUGGAUAACUGCAAGAGGCUUAAAAGUAUACCAACCAGUAUUUGUAAGUUGAAAUCUCUUAAAUUUCUGAAUCUGAGUAAAUGCACAAAUCUUGAAAAUUUUCCUGAAAUCAUGGAGCUUAUGGAGCGCUUGGAAUGUCUAAUAUUAGAAGGAACAGGUAUUAAAGAGUUACCUGAGUCAAUUGUAAAUCUAAUUGGGCUGGAUAUGUUGUUCCUAGAGGGAUGUUCAAAACUUCAAAAAUUGCCUACCCUUCCACUUGGUUUGUCAUACUUGGAUGUAGAGAAUUGUGAGAGCUUGAAAUCAUUGGCACAUCUUCCAUCAUCUUUAGAAUAUUUGCUGGCAAGCCAUUGUACAUCACUGGAGACAAUAUCAAGUUGGAGAACUCCACUUGGAUACGAAAGGAAUGACUUGUAUUUUGUGGAUGGAAGUGUUAGGUUUGAUAAUUGUGUGAAUUUGGAUCGAAACACACGAAACAACAUACUCCCUGAUCUUGCAAUGUUUAGAAUACUGUCUUGUGCAAGAUCAUACAAGAAACUUGUCAAUCGUCAUCGGGAACUGUACUCUUGUGUAACUGAUACAAUUGAAUACAGGCUUAAUUUAGAAUUCAUUGAUGAAGACUGCCCUUAUGAUUUUCAUGUUUCUGAGGUGUUCGGUUGUCUAGAGAUUAUCAAUUCAGAUCUUGUGUGGAUGGCGCAUGUAGCUGCAUUGUCUUGCAAAGCGCUUGAAGAAAAUUUGGGAGAAAAUUGGGACUUUAUUUGUACCCUUUACGUCAGUGGGAUCUCUUUAUAUGCCCGGCCUCUUGAUUAUCAUGACGGAUUUCAUGAUUCAGACGUAGAAGGUGUUGAGAAUUGCAAGAUAAAGAAGUGUGGGAUUUGGUUGAUAUAUGACAAAGAUGCAGAUCAAGAAGUGGAUGGUGAGAAAGAAAAACCAAAAGCGAGUACAACUAAAAGACGCUUUGGUGAAUCUUCUGAAGCCAGUGGAAUUGGUAUUACUGAAGUUGUUGGCUCUGAUGAUGAGGACGAAUACCGACAGAAAAGGAGAGUCCUAUCCACAGGUUAA